CUUCUUUUCAAUUUGUCACACGGCCUAUCAUUCUUUCUCAAGUAUGGUGACCAACACAGCCCUCAUCUUCAAAAAGGUCCCCGAGUCCCUGCCAGUAGAAGGUGAACACAUUGUCAUAGAGCAUCGUGAUUUUGACCUCGAUGCGCGGCCGCCAGAGGGAGGAUUGACCGUGCAAAAUUUCCUGCUCUCAUUUGAUCCCUAUCAGCGCGGUUGUCUGCGUGAGCCAGAUGAGGCAACAUACGGUCCGUCGUUCCCGAUCAACGAGCCCCUGUUAUGCGGCGCAGUAUCUAGGAUCCUGAAAUCGACGAUCCCAGAAUUCAACGAAGGAGAUCUUGUAUGGGGUCUGUUCGGAGCUGAGCAGUAUACUGCUGUUCCUCCAGUUCUCGUACCGCAAGUCAGGAAGCUCGACAAUCCACUGGGUUUAGAUCCGAUCGUAUUCACUGGAGCUCUCGGUACGGCCGGUUUGAGUGCGUAUGCAUCUUUCUAUGAGAUUGGCAAACCCAAGCCGGGACAGACGAUAUAUAUUUCGGCUGCUUCAGGGGGUGUUGGGCAGAUUGUAGGGCAACUCGCAAAGAUGGAAGGCUUAACUGUGAUUGGGAGUGUUGGAAGUGAUGAAAAACUUGAUCUGAUUGUCAACGAACUUGGAUUUGAUGCUGGAUUCAAUUACAAGAAAGAGAGUCCUGCAGCUGCACUAAACCGCCUUGCCCCGCAAGGACUUGACAUAUACUAUGACAAUGUUGGCGGAGAGACUCUCUCGGCGGCACUAAAUGCCAUGAAAGACUUUGGGAGAGUAGUCAGUUGUGGCAUGAUCUCCCAGUACAAUUUAUCCCCAGAGGACCGGUACGGAGUGAAGAAUCUGGGGCAACUCUUUCUCAAACGACUCACGGUGCAAGGAUUUAUCAUCUCGGAUCCUGAGAUUAUGCUGAAAUACGUGAUGGAGUUCUCUAUUAAAAUGAGCGCAUAUUUGAAAGAGGGAAAAGUCAAAUCAAUAGAGAGCUUAACUGUUGGUAUUGAAAACGCAGCUCAGAGCUUCCUAAGCAUGUAUAGUGGUGCAAACUUUGGGAAGACAGUCCUCAAAAUCGCAAAUGUAGCUUGA